CCACAGGCGACCUCAAGCUGCCCGGUUCCCGAGGAUCUUAAGGAAGUAUAUAAACUCAUUCCAGGCCCUGGCCAUUCAACAAUCAUAAAUUCCUCCUACAUUCUGUCUUCAACUUCAAGCAACUUAACCUUCACACUCACUUUGUUUUCUCUAGGAAAAUGAGCAGACCAGGAGAUUGGAAUUGCAGAUCAUGCAACCAUCUCAACUUUCAAAGAAGGGAUUCAUGCCAGCGGUGCGGGGAGCCAAAACCAUCCGAGAGAGGUGACUACGGAAGCUUUGGGGGAAGAGGCAGCCCAACAUUUGGGUUCAAUACUGGCCCGGAUGUCCGCCCUGGCGACUGGUACUGCACUUUCGGAAACUGCGGGGCUCACAACUUUGCUAGCCGCUCAAGCUGCUUCAAGUGCGGUGCCUCCAAGGAUGAAUCUUCCGGUGGGGGAUAUGAAGGUGACAGGCCUAGAAUGAGAGGUUUUGGAUUUGGCAGUGGCAGUGGCAGUUCUGGCAGCUCCAGUACUCGCUCUGGCUGGAAAUCUGGUGACUGGAUUUGCAGUAGGUCGGGCUGCAACGAGCACAAUUUCGCUAGCAGGAUGGAAUGUUUCCGGUGCAAUGCACCGAGGGACUCAAGCGGCAGGUCUCCAUAUUCAUCCUAGAGUUUCCAUUUUUGGGUACUGCUGUCCAAGGUGGAGAGAAUUAUCAGGAAAGUUCAUAAAGCCAAUGAUAUCCGAAGCUACUCUCAUUUUGGCCACCACCUGAUCUAGCUAUUUUUUGUUCUUUUUCAUGUUGGUUAAUCAAAGUCUAAAUCAUUCAGCAUUCUGUGAGCUUCCUUAUAUAUUUCAGCAUCUAAAGGUAUGGUUGUUGAUCUGGUCAUGUAUCGAUCUAUAUAAUAUAUAUUAUCAUCAUGGUGUCCUUGUGUU